AUGUCCUAUCAGAAAUCGUGGCUGGAUUUGGAAGAGGCCUCGGGUGGUCGUUCCACGAUUACCGGGACUCCAGCCGAAAUCAAGGCGAGGAGUUUGGUGUUGAAGGCGUACCUAGAGCGCUCGAUCCCCAAGCGAGCCGAUGCUGUCAGGAUAACGCAUGGUGAGGUGGAAGGUGUCGGAUAUAGAAUGUACCGACCUGCAGAAACAGAAAGGCCCACGAAGCCUCUACCCGUCGGAAUCUGGGCACAUGGUGGCGGCUGGAUGACCGGCGACCUCGACAACGACGAUCGCUUCUGUCGUAUCGUUGCAGAGAAUAUCCCUUCGGUUGUCAUCAGCGUUGACUAUUGUUUGACGCCGGACUAUCCCAUGCCUCCUCAGCUCAACGACUGCUUGAAAGUCUACAGAUGGGCUUAUAGAAAUGUGGGUACCUACGGAGGCGAUGCUAAUUGCUUUUACACCAUCGGAGGAUCAGCCGGGGCAGGUCUAGCUUUGCAGAUGGCGAACAAGAUCAUAGAUGAUCCGGAGCUGCAGGCAAGUCUCGAAGGGGUCGCCGCCAGUAAUCCGAUCACGGCACACUUUGACAACGUGCCUGGGCAGUACCGAUCCAGAUACACUUCAUACCAGGAGAAUGAAAAGGGGACACCCAUCCUUGACAAAGGAUCGAUGAAAAUCUUCUACGAGCACGCCAAAGUCGACCCCCAUGAUUCGGACGUGUUUACCAUCCUGGCAGAAGAGAAUCACAAGCACUUCCCACCGACAUACUUUGUCUCUUGUCAGUACGAUCCUCUCCGUGAUGAUGCGACAAUCACGGAACUGGCUCUCUGCAAGGCUGGUGUACCGACUCGACAUGACUACUACGAAGGCAUGCCUCAUUUUUUCUGGGCUUCCCCGGGUAUUCCAGAAACAGAAGACUACACCCGAAAUCUUCUUAAUGGCAUCCGGUGGUUCCUGUCCAAACAUGAAGCGGCUGGAGCGGAAGGGUGGUAA